AUGUUCACCAGGGACUGUGUGGAAGAGAGGAAGGAGGAGGAGACGAGCUCCUUCAGGAAGACCCAGAGUCCUUCCUCCAGAACGUCCCAGUACGAGCACAUUGUCCGCUUGUCAACACCCAAAACCAGGAGCCGCAGCUCCCAGGAAGCAGGGCCUCCUCACACACCUCACUGUGAGAAUAACUGUCCUAUUUGGCACGUUGAUCCCAAAAUGAAAUCUGCUGUCAUCACGCUGCGACUGCUGCAGCUCUCAGACCCCAAAGUGAACCAUCCAGACUUCCAGAGCAACAGAGAGAGUGUCGCAUCCAUUGUUUCUCUUGCUUCUAAGACGGUCCAGAUCUCUCAGCGACUGGUCCAGCUGUCCCUGCCCAGACUGAAGGAGAGCAACGUCUGCUGCCAGCUCGGACGCCCGGAGGAAUCAAUCUGGACGCCGUUAUCUGAUGUGUACUGGUCUGUGUGUGUGUGUGUGUGUGUGUGUGUGCUGCAGUCCCAACCCCUGAAAUCAGCGGGGACACAGGUGCUGGUUCUGGGUCUGGAUGGAGCCGGUAAGACCAGCCUGCUGCACUGUUUGGCCAGCGGCAGCCUGGAGCAGGACAUACAGCCGACGCAGGGCUUCAACGCCGUCUCCAUCAACAAAGGCGACCUGCACAUCGAGUUCCUGGAAAUUGGAGGUAAAGAGGAGCUGCGGCCAUACUGGAAGAGGUACAUGUCCAAGGCUCUUAUGCUGGUGUUUGUGGUCGACUCUUCCGGCGCACAGCUCUUCCCCCUCGCCAAGACACUUCUACAUGAGCUGCUGGCCUCUGACCCCCGCCUGCCUUUAAUGGUACUGGCCAACAAACAGGACCUUCCAGGAGCCUGCGGCAUUACGGACCUCCACGAAGCUCUGUCACUGUCCGAGGUCGGCGACCGCAGGUUGUUCCUCAUUGGCACCCACGUGAAGAAGGGAGAGGCAGAGCUCAGCUCAGGCGUUAUGGAUGCUCGGAACCUGAUCAUCCAGAUGGUUUCUGAUAUAUAAAAGACUCUGGUCUCUGCCAGUUAAUCCUGUGUUUUUGAUGGAAUAGGUUCUCUGCACCUUUUCACUUAGCUGUUUUCACUACACCAGGUUGGCUCAAACUCUUUUAUGAGAAAAUUAGAUUAUUUUUCUUGUUUUGGUUUGUUUAGCUGGGGUUAUAAAACUCCUAGAUUCUGGAUGUGAAACUGUAGAAAAAAAUAUUUCCUUGUUUCACCGUUGACCAGGUCUUAAUGUUUAUUGAAGAUGGGUGCCUACAGGAAACUCAUACCAACUUGUGUUAAAAUGUUAUCGUCACCAAAGACUUCUUUUCUUUUCACACAAGCGGGUGAGAGGUUUCAUCAAUAGAGCCAUAAAUGUUUUACUUUACAAGACUGCUCGUGGGUGCUUGUUCCUCCCAACGUUUGUAGAUGAUGAUACACGGUCAGCUGUAGAAGCAGUUCAGGUGCUGCCUUCAGGUGUUCAUGCAGAUUGUCAGACGGUACUGAAUCACAGUGGAUUUAUUUCAGGCUGUAGAUUGAUUCAGACCAUCUGUGAAGCUGCAGCUUCAUCACCAGCGAUGAGCUAACAGGCUGUUAGCGUCACACAAUUUAUUUUUCUAAUUUGGACUGUAUCAUAAUGUUCCUCGUGUGUCGUGAUCCACACAAUAUUUAAUACCUCAUAAAGAUUAAAAGUUCUACUGGGCAAGAUUUUCACAAGAAAAUAAAGCCAUCAUAUCAACGUAGAGUACAAAGUGAGGCUCCCAUCGCCCAUUGAUAGAGAUUUGUUAUGUUUACUUACCGUUUGUCCACUUUGUGUCCCAAAAUUUCAAAGCAAAACACAAAACCUGAAGAGAUUCUGCUGUAUUCAGGUCAGUGAUGGUACGUGAUUUUUGCAUAUUAAAAACUGUAAAAGAUUUUCAAACAAUGACCUCUUUCUGCCAUUUGGGGCGACAACAGGCAAACUUGACUAUAAAAGCUUUAAGUAGAAGAAGACUUUAAAUUGCAGAGCUUGCUGACAAGCUUUCUGAUGUGCCGUUACUAUUUAAACUGAUAACAAAUAAAAGCCUAAUUUCAGCAGGACCCCACAACUAUUUAAUGUCUAAAUAUUAGAGCGGAGAUUGAAGGCUGUUCGUAGCUGUUGUCAUGUUAUUAUUGAAUGAUCAGGCAUAGCACCAAACUAUAACACUACCAAAUACCUUUGUUACUGCAGGAGUGUCAUUUUUGGAUUACAGCUUUAAAAGUUCACUGUUACCUACUUUGAUAAGUCUUUAUCUUGAAAAAGGAAUUUACUUUAUCUUAAAAAAGGGAAUAGAAACCAGAUGAUUUACUGGAUGUCUUUUGUUUUUACUCUUCAGAGAGAUGUCUGCGCACAGCUGUGGGCUCUUUAUGUUGUCUUAAUACUGUUUUAUUUGUUCAAAUCUGUUAGUCUGGUAACUGUGGGAUGAAGGUGAACUAUGUUGUUGUUGAUGUGUGCAAAGCCUUCAUGUAUACCAUUUUUGAUGAAUGUAAAGGUUUCAAAGAGCACAUUAAAAAAAAAAAUGUUACACUUUUUUUCAAUACCAAUACAUGUCCAAGAUACAGUAUUGUGUGAAAAGAUUCUACCCAGUUUGAUAAGUCUUAUAUACAGCACUUAAAUAAAUGGUUUCCACUAAA